UCAAUACCAGCAAGGAAAUUUUAAAAUAUUUCUAAUUAAUUCCCCUUUCUAUGCAACUUGAAACAAGGUAAAAAUAAGAGUUGCGAAGGUGUAAAGGGAGGUCAUAUGCACUCCCAAUCUGAUGACUACUACCUUAAAGCUCGGAGUUGUCGUACUUUAAUUCACAGCCGUUGUUGGCUUGCCCACGUUCUAAUCUGUCAAAUCUUCAACAGAUUAGUGCGAAUGCAUUCAUCAAAUUAAUAACAUUUAUUUAUUUUUGUUUAAUUUAAGACAAUCAAAAGAAAGUUUAGAUUGUGCUGUGCGAAUUGUCGUUCUUGCGGCUACUUGUUUUGUAUUACUGUAACGUGUUUGACAUUUCCUGACAAUAAUUCAGCUAAGAUUGAUGCAAUGCCUGGCCAUAUUCCAAGAUCCAAAGCUAUUUUUAAUGUCAGAAAUGCAUAUUUAUAUGUCCAUAACCUGUAUUGCUGCAUUAGCAGAUUCAGGGACACAGGAGACACUGGUUAGUUAAUAUAAAAUCGAAGCGAAAUUACGUAAAGUUAAAGAAUAGUUCAUAUUUUUCAUGAGCCUUUAUUACGAUGUAGGAAUAUUUAAAGAGAUUGUAUUUGUAUUUAUACUGUUGAUCUGCAUCAUACAUGUCCCCCCCCCAGCAUAUCCUAUAACUAAACAUGACAUCUUCUCUGAGUCUGCUAAAGAUCCUUGCCCUAGUCUCAGUGUGUCACUCCAUCCCAGAGCUCACUAUUAGUAUUGUGAACCCGGAACUUGACGCAACGUUAGACACUAAGCUACCAGCAGAGUUAAUCAGCAAACUCUACACAACUCUUUGUGAAUCUGGAGGUUCUCAUAACAUUGUGCGCAUCAAAACAGAGGAUGGAAGAUCAGGGAUCAUAGAGGAAGGUCAAAGGUUAAACACAAACUCCAGGUUCGUCACAUCCUGCAUGUUCGAAGACUCCCCACCCAACAAAACGUGCAGCUUCUGCGAGGCGAACAGGGCGUGCGUGGCUGAGAUCAGGUCAUCCUGCUCCCCCAGCGACAUGAGGUCAAUGCAGUAUGUCGACGUUACACUCAGCACGAGCUUCGGGGAGUUGGUUGUCGACAACUGUGAAGUCCUCUGCCAACAAAAGUGGUUCCGAGGAGACGAGCCUAUUGUCUCUGCGUCCAGCAGCAUAUCCGACUUGGCGGUGGGCCUCGUCGCAGGAGUCAUCGUCUUGGCGUCUCUGCUUGUGGCUGGGGCAGUGAUCUGCAAGAUAAAGGACAGUAAAUCAGUGAGAGAAGAAUACAAUGACAAUCAUUUCACACAUUCAACUUCAUGUAGUUCGAAUGAAAUAAUGUAAAACUAUUCUACAUUUCAACAAGUACAUACAUUGAAACUAGAACUAAAAGUCAAACGCCUUCACUGCGUAUACUGCAUCUCAGUGUUUCCCAAGAUUUUUCCUUAACGGAAGACUAAGCACAUUCAGAGAAUUGAGCAAAACACUUUUCGUAUUUUUUAGAGAGAAUAAUUCACGUGUUGGUCUGCGAGUUAAUUAUUCCGGUAGUUCGUGGAACAUCUAUUUAGGCCUUGCGGGCGGAACACUUGGGUUUCGCGGAACACAGUUUGGGAGACACUAGUGUAUAUGAACUUAAGCCAGGGUAUUUUACUCUCUGAAGCCCCUCAACUCAAGAAAAUAUUAAGAAACUGGAACAGACACAAAAUAGAGCAGUGAGAUUCAUAACAAACGAAUAUUCACAUUUGACUAGAGUAACACCUUUGGUUAAAUCCCUAAAUUUAAAAGCCUUCAUGACAGAAGACUCAAAAGUAAAGUAGCAAUUAUAAAUAAAACACUGAACCAUAACCUUCAAAUACAAAAAAUUUAAUAAAAUACUUAGAAAGACGCAAAGAUAAAGGCACAUUUUUCAUUCCAUAUGCAAGGACAAGCCAAAAUAACAUUUCCUUACAUUUUGUAAUCAUUUUGGUAUUAUACUUUGGCCCAAUAGCUUUUGAAAUGUUUAUUUAUUAUUUAUUAAUACUACUUUUUAAUACGCUAUGAUUAGUCAUGUAUAAUAUGAGUUCUUUUAAAAUUGAUGUAUUUAUUUAUGUAUUUAAAUUUGUAUUUUAGUUUUUUUUCGAAUCAGUACAAUAUUUAUAUUCGAAUCCUGGUGAAGAAUGGGAUUUGUAAUUUUGGAAUCUUUAGGGCGCCUCUGAGUCCACCUACCUCUAAUGGGUACGUGACAUAAGUUGGGGAAAAGUAAGGGCGGUUGGUCGUUAUGAUGACCAAAUAACACCCUCGUUAACCGUAGGCCACAGAAACAGAUGACCUUUACAUCAUCUGCCCUAUAGACCGUAUAGGUCUGAAAGGGAAGCAUUAAUAUAUGUUAAGUUGUGAUAUAUUAGUGUGUAGUAAAGCCUGUUUUAGUGUUACGGUUUCCAGUAGUGUAAUUUAGUUAGAUAGUUGGUUUGGAAUUGAUAGGAGUAGUAGCCUACUAGUAUAGAUAUAGUAAGGUUGAUUACUUGUUUGGGUUUAGUGUACAUAUAUUUUAUUAUUAAUUCUUUUUUUUUAUUUUGUAAAUAAAGUUUCGUUUUUGUUGUAUUUA